AUGAAUUCUCAUGUUCAACCUAAAAAAGAGGUUUUUGCUAGUACUUGUCAUAAUGAUCAAUCAUGUCCUUCUUUUCGUGAAACAUUUUCCGAAGAGGCUAAUGCAUUACAUUCAUAUGGUAAACCAAAUGAUAGCCCAUUUUCUAACACAUACAAUCCUAAUUGGAGAAACCAUCCCAAUUUUUCAUGGAGACAAAACCAACCACAAAUGACCCAAGGAAACCAAUUCAACAUGCCAAAUCUGAAUCAUGCCCAACCAAGUCAACCUUACCCUCCACAAAGAAAGCCUUCCUUAGAAGACACUUUACAACAAUUCAUGCAAUCCACCCAACAAAUCAUGCAAAAUCAGUCUCAAUCCAUUGCCAAACUUGAGACACAAUUGGGUCAACUUGCCAAUGCCGUAACUGAGAGAGAAAAAGGAAGAUUUCCUAGCCAACCCAUCCCAAAUCCUAAAGGCCAAUAUGAAGUAGGAGUUCCUAGUCAUAAAGAAGAAGCCAAGUCUAUUUCAACACUUAGGUCCGGAAAACAAAUUGCCAAACCUGAUUACACACCUCAAGUUGAAAAAGACCAAAGCCAAAGUUCCAACACAAAUGACUUGUCAAAAGAUAGUGAUCAAAUUCUUCCUUCCAUUCCAAAAGCUCCUUUUCCACAAAGAUUACUUCCACUCAAAAAAGGCAACCAAUAUAGUGACAUCUUAGAAGUGUUCAAACAAGCAUUUUUAACUGAACAAGUUAGCUCCAUAAUUCAAUAUAAAAGCCUUGUGAAAUAUAAAGAUCCUGGUUGUCCAACAAUUUCAUGCAUCAUUGGUGAUCAUUUUAUCAACAAAGCUUUACUUGAUUUAGGAGCUAGUGUGAAUUUAUUGCCUUAUUCUGUUUAUAAGCAACUUGGUCUAGGAGAAUUAAAACCAACUUCUAUAACACUUCAAUUAGCUGAUCGUUCUGUGAAAAUUCCUAGAGGUAGACCAUUUUUAGCUACAUCUAAUGCAAUUAUCAACUGUCGUAAUGGUGUAUUGAAAUUAUCUUUUGGAAACAUGACUGUUGAAUUGAAUGUUUUUAAUGUUGCUAAGUCUGUUGAGUGUGAGGAAAUACAUGAAGUGAACAUGAUUAACACGGAAAAUAUGUUUGAAAUGGACAUGAAUGAAUCUUUUGAAACUUAUGCAAAAAUGUUUGGAAUGUGCUUAAAUGUUGAUGAUUUUAUUCAUGAUGUCAAUUCUUUGCUUGAGUCGACCCCACUAAUGGAUACUGAAAAGUAG